AUGGCUCCAUUUAAAGGUGCACGGGGAAUCGCGCAAGAGCGGGCAAUGAGGACACUCUUCAACAAACGGCAUGCAUCGUUAAGAAACAUUAUAGAACGCACGUUUGGCGUCUUGAAGAAGUGGUUUCCAAUAUUUAAGGGCCCCACGCAGAAGCAUAUGAUGGCUACUCAAAAUAAUAUUGUCCUGGCUUGUUGUGCCUUGCACAACUUCAUACCCGAGUAUGUUCCAAAUGAUGCAUAUUUUGUUGAAGAAGAAGCAGAUAUAGCAUUAGCAGAUAACAUAAACCCCUUCAACCCAAUGCCCGCAGCACAAGCUCCAGAUAUGUCGGCUGUAGGAAUUGCUGAAUGGAAUGAAAGUAGGAAAGCAAUAGCUGAUAUGAUGCUUCAAUUUGCUUUAGUUGCAGCUUCUAGAGAAGUAGCUUCUGUUCACCAAUUCUUCUCCAAUUUAGUUUUCAUUAUCAACAUUGUUACUAUAUCUAGCAAAUGUAAUGAUAAUGAUGAAUUAAAGGAGGCUCAAGCAAUUGAAGUUGCUACUAAGAUUGCUAAUGGUGAACUUGAAACUGGAAGGGAGCUUAAUCAAAUUGGCACUUUAAAACGAGUUGGAGAUACUCGUUGGGGUUCUCAUUUGGAUUCUAUUUCUAGUUUACUGAAAAUGUUCAAUCCUACUUGUAUGGUUUUAAGUAACAUUGCAGUAGAUGGAGGUUCAUACUCUCAACGUGGAGAUGCAAAUUUUGUUUUGAAUCAGUUGUUAUCUUUUAAGUUUGUUUUCACUUUGCAUCUUAUGAAAGACAUUGUGGAAAUUACUCAUCUUUUUUGUAUAGCAUUGCAACAUAAAUCUCAAGAUAUUUUGAAUGCAAUGUAUCUUGUCUCAAGCACAACAAAGCUACUGAAGAAUUUUCGAGAUUCGGGAUGGGAUGAUUUCUUGGUGACAGUUAAAUUAUUUUUUGAGCAACAUCAAAUUGAUAUCCCAUGUAUGAAUGCUCAAUAUAUUGCAAGACGUGGUAGAUCUCGAAAUCAUCAUGAUGAGAUUAAUGUGGAGCAUUAUUAUCAAAUGGAUAUAUUUCUUGCAACAAUUGAUUAUCAAUUGCAAGAAUUACAUAGCAGGUUUAAUGAUCAUACCGUGGAAUUGUUUGUUUUGAACACUGCUUUAGAUCCUAGAAAUGGAUUUAUGCUGUUCAAGAUUGAUGAUAUUUGUAAACUUGCAAAGAAGUUCUAUCCGAAUGAUUUUAUGGAGCAAGAACUAGUGCAUCUAAGAAUAGAACUUCAACAUUUUGAACUCGACAUUCCAAAUCAUCCUGAAUUGCAAGAAUUAUUUGGUAUUCAUGAGUUAUGUCAAGACUUGGUGAACACAAGAAAAUCAGUGAUAUAUUCUCUUAUUGAUAGAUUGAUUAGACUUGUUCUUACUCUUCCUGUAUCAACUGCAAUUACAGAGUGUGCAUUUUCAAUUAUGAAAAUAAUCCAGACAAAGCUCCAAAACGAGAUGGAAGAUAAUUUCUUGAAUGAUUGUCUAACUGUGUAUAUAGAAAAGGAAGUUACUAAAAAAUUUAGCAGUGAUUCAAUCAUAGAUGAAUUUAGUUCUAGGAAAGAGCGUAGAGCUCAAUUUACUUCUAAGAAAAGAUGUUGA